UGCGCUUCCUGAAAGUGCGCUGAGGGCUGGGCAGGGGGCAGAGGGCUCGGGGCCGUGCAGCCAGCGGGGCGCAGCCCAGCCAUGGGGCACCCGGCGAGCUGGGCUGCCCUGCUGGUGCUGAGCGCAGCCUGGCAGCUGGUGCUGGGGGGCGCAGCAGGAGGGGGCCGGCGGAGCCCGCACAACAUCGUCCUGAUCCUGACCGAUGACCAGGACACGGAGAUCGGGGGCAUGACUCCGAUGAAGAAGACGCAAGUCCUGAUCGGCCAGGCGGGUGUCUCCUUCCCCAAUGCGGUGAGUGCCAUGGCGCUGUGGGGACUGGCCUGGGACAUGCGCACCGGAGACUGGGAAGGAGAGCGGGGGACAGGCCGCCCCUCCCUGGAGGGUAACUGCAGCAGCCCGGCCUGGCAGAAGAGCCAGGAGCCACUGGCCUUCCCCAGCUACCUGCAGAGGCAGGGCUACCAGACCUUCUACGCUGGCAAAUACCUCAACCAGUACGGACACCCCACGGCUGGGGGCGUCCAGCAUGUGCCCCUGGGCUGGACCUACUGGAAUGGCCUGGUAGGGAAUUCCCGCUAUUAUAACUACACCCUGUCGGCGAACGGGCGAGAGGAGCAGCAUGGGCAGAGCUACCAGGACGACUACCUCACGGAUCUCAUUACCAACCGGAGCCUGGAGUUCCUGCAGAAGUGGUCCCACCCACCCUUCCUGAUGGUGUUGGCCCCGCCCGCCGCCCACUCCCCAUGGACCGCGGCGCCAGGCUACGCCACGGCCUACAGCACCACCAAGGCGCCCCGCAAUGGCAGUUUCAACGUCCACGGCAAGGACAAGCACUGGCUGGUGAGACAGGCCAGGACUCCCAUGGCCAACACGUCCAUCGAGUUCCUGGACAAGGCCUACAGGGAGAGGUGGCAGACUCUGCUCUCGGUGGACGACCUGGUGGAGAGAGUGGUGGGCCGGCUAAAGGCCCUGGACCUGCUGGCCAGCACCUAUGUCUUCUACACCUCGGACAAUGGCUACCAUGCAGGCCAGUUCUCGCUGCCCAUCGAUAAACGCCAGCUGUACGAGUUCGACAUCCGGGUGCCGCUGCUGGUGCGGGGGCCGGGCAUCAAAGCGAACCAGACCCGACUGGAGCCAAUCCUCAAUAUUGACCUGGGGCCCACGUUCCUGGACAUCGCCGGCCUCAACGUCUCGCAGACCGCCAUGGAUGGGCAGUCCUUCCUGCCGCUGCUGGUGACGCCGGUGCAACCCAGUGCGUGGCGGGCGGAUUUCCUGGUGCAGUACACAGGGGAGGGGCACCUGACCGCGGACCCAGCCUGCCCAGCCCUGGGCCCAGGGGUAUCGCAAUGCUUUCCCGACUGCGUGUGCGAAGACGCCUUCAACAACACCUACGCCUGCGUCCGAGCCCUGCACCCCCACAGCCUGCAGUACUGCGAGUUCGCCGACCGCCAGGCCUUUGUGGAGCUGUACAACCUGACCGCCGACCCCCACCAGCUCCACAACGUGGCCCGGAGCGUGGACCCCACCCUGCUGGAGGCUUUGAACCAGCGGCUGAUCAAGCUCCAGGCCUGUGAGGGGCCCAGCUGCCGGGCCUAGGGGUGCCCGCCCCCAGCUGUGCCAGGAACCCACCUGCGGGUGCCAACAACUCAGCGCACGUCAAACACCUGGGGCUGGAUGGGCCCUGCCCCUCUGACCUCGGCCCCUUCGCAGGCUGCCUGGAGCCCAGCGGCUGGAUAAAGGGGCUCCCCCAGCCUGAACCUGGACAGGGGGCCUCAGCUGCCAUCCCCCAUUUGCUGCCUCCCAUAGGGCAGGAGUAUUUGCCCCCAGACUCAGGCUCUGCCAUCAGGGAUAUUUCUGUCCUCACCCAUUUGUAGCUGUGCCUGCUCCACCCAGCAUCCCACCCCUUCCCUGCUGAUUCCCCCUCCCCCGGCUCUGGAAGCUGCUGGGGUCUCUGAUCUUCCCCCUGCCCUGUGACAUGAAGGUGAAAUAAACUCUGGUUAGUAGAAGGGGCUCG